AUGUCGUCACAAGCUAAUCCGCGGUCGGGAGAGGACUUACUCCUUCGAAUCAAGAAUGCGUAUCGCUUGUUAGCGCUUCGCACCGAACAGGGAAGCAACGGACAUGUCGAUAAAGUCGUCAUCCCUCCGGAUUCCCUUCGAAACCUGAUGGAUGUUCUCCGUCCUGGAGCCUUUGAAUCGAUGACAAAAAUCGAUUUCGCUGCGCUCGAUGAAGUGCUACUCAAGCCCGUCGGAAUUUAUGGCAGCAGGUCUCGUAUAAUUGAGUUCCUCGAAGAAGUAAAUGCCAUCGAUGCAGCUACUGCCAGGGAUCUUCUGACGCCAUUGCCUGCCAGUGGCGUCCCUUCAGGCCCUCAUUUAGGAACGGGAAUAUAUCUAAUCCUUGAUGACCAUACCCAACGGAAGGAGGGUUCUAUGGGUCUCGAUACAGGUUUCAUGCAGCCCGCCUUCCUUCUCUAUUGGCCGGAGGAGAAUACCUGGAAUGAUAACGCAACAGGAGACAUUUGUAGGAAUCGCGCGACUUUCAUGCAUUACUUAGGCCGGCUGAGCAACCAGAUAGUCGCUCUUCUUUCCAAAGAGCACAUGGAGAGCAUUGUAUGGGAUGAUGACGCCGCGAUGGGAUCGAAUAUCGCUGAAGGGGAAGGCUUUAGCUCAGAUGAGAAUGAUGAUGACCGGGUUUUCUCGUUUACCGUCGAGAAAACCGUGGAGCAAGAAGAAAAUGUGACUGUGCAUGCAGGAUUCAAGUUUCCUAUCCAAUCCGCUUUUCCCUCUAGAGCGGAUCCAGAUCAUCAUAACGUUGAAGGAUUAGGCGAUGUAUUGAAACCACGAGUGGUGCCAGGAGAUACGCGCCAAGGCUUGCUAGUAACAGAGUAUAUCCCUCAACGAAGUACCCCAAAGAGCACUACCAGAGUCAUCAAUGGAAUUGCCCUUCGGACAGAGCUUAAAAACCGUCGCCAGUCCAUCCAGUUAGCGGACGAUCUUCAUCCUGCGGCACUUGUGAUUCUCAUUGAGAACGGGUUGAACGAGCGUUUCAAGGCCCUUUGUGAAGACUUCGAAAGAAGCGAUAAGCGCGAAAGACACAUGCUCGGUCAGGAGUUUGAGUCGCUUUGUGCCAGAGGCAAAGAGAACCUCGCUGAAGAUAUACCGAGACUGCAGCGUCAUAUAUCGAAUCAGCUUGUGCAGCAUUUGGUGGAUCUGACACCGCGUAUCAAGGUGACAAUUGCUCGUCUGCAUCCGACCACUUCUCUUACUUUUAUCACAGGCCCUGAAGGGGUUGUUAUACACCAGCUAAUACCCCUAGUGGGUGGUGCCUUUCGUCGACUCAAACUUCAUUCCAUUGUAGCCCCCGGCUUCCAAGAUAUUAAACGUCGCUUCAUAAUCUCCAUCGAGGCUCUGAAAUCUCGUGCGGCCAGGGGCUCCGUGCCAGAAGCCACUCCCGACGAACUCGAUGCUGCUAUCGUGACCGGGGGAUCCAACUGGAACAAGGUGAUCGCUACUAUUCUUCAUGGAACAAGGUCACCGCCCAGGGGCAGUGCACUUUCGCCAGCGAACAUUUACUCCAACCUUACUUUGGGAUUUGGAUGGUUUGUUGGCUCAUCAAAAGCGCAGGAUGAACCCGACCCGUUUAUUAGAGCCCUCCUUCGCGAGGCACCACCGAUGAGUGAUUCUGUAUUCAUCCAACACAUCAGCGACAGUGAUUAUAGCCGUACGCUCCAUGACGCCGUGACCAAGGUUCGCAAUCAGGCACUAGAGUGGCUUUUGGGCGUGUUGGCCUCCUGGUCUCAGGACCUAGCUAAGUCGGAGUCGGAGAUAUAUUACAGACGUUGGAGAACUGAAUUGGAAGCAAAAAAUCGAGUCAAGUCCCAAGAACAAAAAAAUCAGCAUCUAUCGCAACUGAAAGCUCGAAUAAACCAUGCAAAGACUGCCAACUGUGCAUCCACAACAUCGUUCCUGAUAGCAGUUACUACAGAUACAGCGGUACGUAAAACGAAGAGUUUCAUAUUCACUGUCUCGGAGCUGAAAGACGAGCCUGCCCAUUUCAUGUACACGUUACAACCACUUGGAUUAAUGUCUGAAGACGUCCAACGUCUUACUAUGGAUGCUUCGAUUGUGCCGCGCCUCCAUAUAGGAGCGCACUCCAUCCAGUUCGCCAUACCGGCUACGUCAAGAUUGUGGCAUAUUCAGCUUCUGGAGCGCUCAAAAUGUCUAGUAGUCGUGGAGGACUCCCUAGACCGCAAAAUCUGUAUCUAUCUUGACGACGAUGUUCAAAUACCCGUCAUGUUAGGUUCUCGAAGGCCCAAGAAAGAGUUUUCUUCUGAACGAAUGGGAAAGGAUUUCUUGUUUUCUGUUAAUGAGCCAAGAAGAUCAGUGGCACUAUUGGAUGCCAAGUAUCGCCUCCACGUUUAUGCGAUCGACGAGUCAUACACGAGUCUCAAUUUGCGUGGCUCUCCGGUUGACCUUGGACGAUUACGGAUGGGCUCCGAUGCUGAGACCAAAUUUUCGAAAAUGUGUUUCAUAAGUAGUUUGGAUGAAAUACUCCUUAUCGAGAGCUCAGGACACGCGAGGAUAUAUUCUGUCGUGCAGGAACAGUUCAAACCGGCAUUUCUGAAAUUGGAAUCACCUCCGACAGGCGUCUGUUCUAGUCCGGAUGGCUCGUGUCUGUUUAUUACAGCACCAAAUAGUUCGAACGUGGUGCAAACCGUAUCUUAUCAUACGGCAUCAUUUGGCUGUAAACCCCAAGGAAUUCUACUUCAACUCCCUCAGGCCUUUGCAUCGGUUCCGACGACAAUCACAUCAUUUGUCGCACGAAGGAACGCUUACCUAAUGGCGAUCGAGGAUGACUCACGACAGCUUAGUGGAGUCCGAUUAGAGAUCACCAACAAGGCUAGCGAGUUCACUUUCCGUGCCCAUGGAGAAGCUAGGGCUGGUUCAAAAGGAGAAUCAACUUGCAAUUCACUCAUUGACUGUCAUUCCGAAGUAUGGACCAAGUUCCCUGUUGCAUCUACGAUAAGGAGAAGCCUUUCAUCGACGGCUCGUCACUCGCCUUCUCUCACCUUUACUGCAGGGGAUCACCCGAUUCCCAUUGCUCGACUACGAUCUUACUUUUUACGGAUGAUCCGGUCAUUCGAGCAUAAAACGCGAAAGCCAACGGACGGCAGAUUAGGUUCCAUUGACAUUCAGCACAGCACAAGCUCAUCCUUGCGCCAGUCCAUUUCUUCGGAAAUCACUACAUAUUUCACCGGAAGGUGGAUUGUCGACCUCAUAUGCUUAAUACCGAUUCACAUAGCCGUUGUCACGUCGAACCGUUUCACGCCACUCAAGGACGGCAUCUCAUCCCCUGAGUUUGAGCAGCAGCUGCUGGGUGCCGAUAUAUUAACGAUUGCUGAUAGUAUCUCCAUCGGAUGGUAUGAGAGUAUGUUUGGGUCCUACAUGGCUUCGAAGCCUGUAAAAGUCGUCUCUUCUAUGGGCGAGCAAUCCGUGGGGAAGAGUUAUGCCCUGAAUCACUUUGUGGAUACGUCAUUCGCUGGAUCUGCAAUGAGGUGCACAGAGGGCGUGUGGUUGUCCGUGACGCCAACCGAUGCAGAUUUGAUCGUAAGUCUUGAUUUCGAAGGAAUACAUUCCAUCGAAAGGACGUCGCAGGAGGACAUGCUAUUAGUCUUGUUUAAUGUGGCGCUUUCCAACUUGGUGUUGUUCCGGAAUAAUUUUGCUCUCUCGCGGGAUGUUGCUGGUAUGUUCAGCUUUCAAUCAUCUGCGGCGCAGUUUGAACCGUCUGCAAACCCCGAACUCUUCCGGUCGACUUUGGCAAUUAUAAUCAAAGAUGUUGUCGAAUCCGAUACGAAAGAAGUUGUCCAAGAGUUCCGGUUGAAGUUCCAGAAAAUGGUUCAAGAAGAGAAAGAAGGGAAUUUCAUUUCUAGGUUGCACCGUGGCACAGUUGAUAUUCUUCCAUGGCCUGUUAUUCAGUCUUCGAUGUUUUAUACCUUGAUGAACAAGCUGAAGAAACGUCUAGAUGCCCAAGAUCCAUCUCAUGGAACUGCGUCCGUAUUCCUGGAACGGAUGAAGUUCUUAAUGGCAAAGUUAAAGGCGAGCGAUUGGGGAGCCCUUGAUCAUGCCCUCGCUUCGCACCGCGCGCAGCUUCUUCAAAAUCUUUUGCCAUCCGCCCUCGCAUAUGGUGUCACGGAGUAUGGGAAUGAGGGAAGCUAUCUCAAGAACUUGGAUACCGAUGAAGCAAUCCAACCUGAAACGUCCUCCAGAAACCACCUUUUCCUCAAAUCAGUCAUGAAGGAACCCAAGAUCAGAGAUGAACUUUUGGUUAAAGUGCAGCAACGGUGUAUCGCUACCAUCUCUGGCACACGCCAGAACAUGCUGGAUUUGGAAUGGUUUUCGUCGCUUGCGAUGGCCUUGCACCAAGAAGCAAAGCAACGGAUUGAGUAUGUCGAGAAAUGGAUCUACUCAAACACAACCAGGUUCCCUCCUGAACAAACAGAUAUUCAACUGCUUCGUCGCUGUUUCAGUCAACUUUCCCUGGAACUUAUUGAAGGCGUAGAUAUGUGCGGAGUCAAAUGCCAAAAUUGCAACCUCAAGUGCAUCCUAUCCAAGUACCACAUGAAUGACCACGAUUGCACCACUGACCACUGCUGUGCCUUGAAGUGUGAUGAAUGCGGCUCCAAGCCCCAGGAGAAAUUAUGCGGCAUGAUAGCUGGUCACGAUGGGAACCAUAUAUGUGACUUGACUCGGCAUGUGUGCGGCAGGCCCUGCUACCUGAAAAAUAAGAGAGGAUGUCUACGGGCUUGUACAAAAGCAACUGACGAUGCGAUCCACCUAUGCUCUGCUCGCACCCACUCCUGCGGCAAGCCUUGUCGUCUCAGUUUGAUUGAGCAAGAUGGCGCGCCCUUAUGCAUGAAGCCGUGUGCAAUUGAUUGCCGCGAUUCCCACGAUACACACGAGUGUGAAAAUAGGCUGACAUGUCCAGCUAAAUGCCGAUUGUGCAGUCGACUGUGUUCCAUUACAUCACACUCUCACCCACUUCAGCACGGUGCAAUCCACCUCUGCGGGCAAGAACAUCAUUGCAAAGAGCCUUGCGGAUCACGGGGAAUAUGUAGAAUAGACUCUGCUCCCCGCUCUAUCGAGACUACAUUCGUCGGCCGCAACGAGACUUUCCAAUACACGAAGUACACCCAAGUCGCGAACAAGCUCCCAUGUGUUGUAGGUAUCCCCCCGAAUAAAUUGAAGCAUGAUGGGGCGCACGCGCAUACGACCAAUCCGGUUGCGUUCCAUUUUUGUGAAACUCGUUGCCCCUUUUGCCUUUAUUUCUGUAACCUCGCUAUCAAUCAUCAUGGGUUGCAUAGCACUACGCAUGGUAACAUGGAACAGACCUCUUGGAGUUUUGAGGGAGAUGAUUCUACCACUCGAGAGAUUGCAGGCCGAAAGUUCAGCACAGGUGACUCUGGUGCGCCGAUGUACUGCAACAUGUUCUGCAAGGAGCUGGGUCGGCACGUACACAUUGACUUCUGUCGUGCCCCUGAAGGCGAACAUUGUGCUGACGAUACAGUGGAGCAUAUCACCACAAGAAUGAAUCCGAAACCUAGCAGGGCUAAGGACUGGGUUACACAUGCUUCUUAUUGGGCACGAACAGAUCCUUAUUCUCAGGAUCUCCAAGAUGAUUUCUCCAGGUGUGAUUCAGAAUGCAAUGGUGACGAACACAAGGCCACCGGGAAUAUAAAGGCACAACGUUCUUUUUGUACCCUUUCUAUGUUCCAUAAGCCCAUUUCUCCAAAUACUCAGAGUACUACGGGAUAUAUCUCUCGGGACGGUCAUUCCUUCGAUUGCGAGAACCCGGGACUCCACCACACCCCUUACCAUGUGAUAUUCGUGUUGGACCGAUCGAGUUCCAUGAGCCAUCAGGACCGACUUCCACUUGCGGGACAGGCAGCGACUCGCCAGAUCACCCAUUCCAACAAUAAUAGAUAUGGCGCCGUGCUAUCUGCUGUUUACAGUUUCUGGACGGCUCGCGCGAGUGCCUCACCGGACGGUAUUCGGCGCGAUACAUAUUCAGUAGUCGUAUUUGACUCAACCGCUGUUACAGUGAUUGCCAACGAUCUCACGCGAGAUGCUGAUGCGCUUCUGGUACCUCUCCUGAAUGUUAGGCUGGGUAGAGGAACAGACUUCGGUGCUGCCAUCAGAGAAGCCCAGAGUGUCAUGGAAGACAAUUGGAGUGUGGACAGAAUUCCAUGCGUUAUCUUCCUGUCUGACGGCGAAGCCCACUCACCGUUGCAAGACCUUCGCGAGAUCUGUGAUAGGGCUGUUUGGUUGGGGUCACCCUUGUCAUUCUUCACUGUUUCGUUUGCAGCUAGAUCCUACUCUCCUGUUCUUGAUUCCAUGACGACCCUUGCAACAAAUAUUUACAGGAGAGCAUCACCAGGAGCAUCGCGCGAUACCCCGUGUGAUACCCCGUGUGGAUCAUAUUAUGCUAAUGAUUCGAUUCAACUGGCACAAAUGUUCCUUAGUAUUGCUGAUUCGAUGCGUCAGACUCGGGGCGCGCUUGUGCGAAAGUAA